CGCACUAAAAUUCUUGAUUCGUCGUCCUAAUUAAAUCAAAUUUCCUUUAAUGCCCUUUGUUCAUUUAUUUAAUCAAACAAACAACAAAAAACUCGUAUACCACCAAAUAACAAACUAUAAUCAAUCAAACAACAACAAACCAGAAGAAGAAACAUAAACAUAGGAUAUGGAUUUUAAUUGGAGGUCUUUCUGAACAACUUUGUUUUUCACUUCCAGUCGUCCAUUCCAUUUUGAUACAAUAUGGUAAUCAUAUCCUUGUCAGUGUCGGCCAUAGUGGAACCGGGAGGCCAUCCACUCUUCGAACAAAUGCCUCUCUGUACUCGCAAAUGUCCUCAGAGCAUUACUUGAUCCUGCCACGGACCCCGGCAACGACUCUCCAACUUAUCUCCGGCAUCCUCCCUCCUCGGCUUCAGCAAACACGAGACGACAAACUUACCGAUCGCCGCCAUGAGGUUGUCGGAUUUCAGCUCCCCGUCAAUCCCGUUCACGAUCACGUGGCCACCAUCGUCGUACAGAUUCCAAUCCACGACCUCCGUGUGCAGGUACCCCUUCUCGGCCGCCGCCAAUUCCGCGACGCAUUUUAGGUUUACAUUAGAACAAGGGGCAGGAAUGUCAAUUCGGUAUAUUUUAGGGCGACAAAAUUUAAAUUUUAGGGCGACAAAUAGCAAUUCAGAUACUCUAAGGGGUGAACAAACAAAAUUGAAAAUGAACCAACCGUCUAAUAUAAACUGACCCAUUUGUAAUAUUCGAGCAAAUCCAAUUCUUGGCCGUUGAUGGUAGGAAAGGUUCUAGUCAAAGCCUUGGAACCUUUGGUUUUAGGUUGAAGAUGUAGUACCUCAUUUAUAACCCGUUGAUUACCCAAACCGACUAGUGAUACGACAUUUUGAUUUUACAUCGAAGUCUUUUAUAUUUGACAUAUAUUCCAUGGGUAAAUUGCAAGGUUGGUCACUAGAUUUACUAAAAACGUUCAUAUUUGAUCACUACAAAUAUUUAAUUCCAUUCAUGGUUACUAAAAUUAGUUCAACAGUUCCUGUUUGGUCACUCUUCAUUAGUCUCCGUUAAUUUUUGCUGAUGUGGCAGUUAUAGGUGUCAAUCGGGCGGGUUCGGGCUGGGUUCAAUCGGGUUCGGGUUCAAACGGGUUGCGGGUUAGUCGGGUUACGGGUUCAUCGGGUUCGGGUUCAUCGGGUUUGGGUUCAAACGGGUUGCGGGUUAGUCGGGUUGCGGGUUCAUCGGGUUGCGGGCAAAUAGGGUUGCGGGCAAAUAGGGUUACGGGUUCAUCGGGUUUUGGGUCGGGCGGGUUGCGGGCGGAUCGAGUUUCGGGUUGUUCGGGCCCGCGCAUCUAGUAACUUAACUCACUACAAGAAAAAACAUAGUUAGUGUCGGUUUUAACCGAUACUAAUUCUUUUUGUGUCGGUUCACUUAACCGACACGAAAGUUGUCGACACUAAACCGAUUCGUGUCGGUUUUGGACAACCGCUGGAAUAACCGACCCAAAUUAUAUUUAUGCCGGUUACUAACCGACACUAAUUAUUUAUCUAGAAAAUUAUUUUUUACUUGAAAUUGUUAUCUGUGUCGGUUCACUAACCGACUCAACUUAGUCAAAUUUUUAAUAAAAUAAAAAAAUCCCCGGCGAGUCAAUCGUCGCAGGUGACCAUUCUCCUCCUCUCCGGCCAACCCUCUUCUUUUCCUAUCCCUCGAUACAUAUCAAAACUAUUAGAAAAAACAAAGAUCUGGAAAACUGAACUCACAAAAGCUGUUCUUCAUUACCAAACUCUUCUUCAUUCACGAACCCAGAAAAGUUUCACAAACCCAGAAAAUACAACCCCCUAACCCAACAAUUACAACCCUUUUAAACCUAGAAAAUGCGAACUCCAAACCCAACAACCACAGAUACAAACCAGAGAACAAAAUCUUAUCUUCUUCCAAACCAACCGAAUCAAAAUUUGCUCUUUCUCCUCCUUAAACCCAUUAGAUCCCAAAAAAUAAAAAAACACAAAAAAAAAAAUGCAACAGAAUCCUUCUCCGCCGUCGCCGCGAGUCUCGCACCAGGCCUUGUGUUUAUUGAUCUCCGUCGGGAUUGCGCUCGUGGACCUCCACCUCCUCCACCAGCUCUUGCUACCUCUGUCGCCUCACCCUCAGCUCCCUACGUUUCCUCUCGAUCUCUCCGCUAUCGUUGCCAGCUCUCGCUGAUCGUCGCUAUCUCGGUUUCUCUGCCAUAAUCGUCGGAUCUCGCCGAGCGUCGCCAUUUCGGUCUCUCCGCCAUCGUCGCCGGAUCUCGCCAGAGGAAGAAGCUAGCGACGGAGGGGAUCUUUUUUUUAAGAGAGGAAUCGAAGGAAGGAGAUGAAAGAAGGGUCUAUUUUUUUCUAGAACAGAGGAGCAGGUGAAUGGUUCAUUUUUUGGAGAGGAACGAAGAAGGAAGCAGGAGAGAAAGAAGGAAAGUUGAGAGAGAGAAGGAAAGUUCAGCGGCGAGAGAUUGAAUUGGGGAGAGGAGAGGGGUUUGUUUAUUUGGAGUAAAGGGACUUUUUUUCAAAGUAAAAAAUUUCAAUUCUU